CUUCCCAAACCCACGACCGCUUCUCUUUUCGUCCGUCACCGUUUCUCUUCCUUCCAGUCCCCCUCCCACCCGCUUACCCAUUCCUGCAGCAGUCAUCUUCCUAUCUUCCUCUUCUGCUGGAGAUCCUCGCAUCGCAACCUCCAAUCGCCUAUUCCCGUGCUCGUUUGUUGGCUCAACUGAUCUGCAAUAUUGCGACUGCGAAUCAUCCGCCUUCUUCACUCGCCUACAUCACUCUAUCGCCUCCGAUCCCGCCGCCCCCCGGCACCUUCGUUUCCCACCACCCUCGCAACUCAUCUCGCCUUCGCCUAUCCGCUCCUUGCGACCGGCCGAACCCCGCGUACAGAGCCGUUUAUCUCGGAUCGAGAGCAAUUCCACACAGCAACAAUUGUCUUUGCCUACACCGUCGAAGAUUUGGUGAGUACUCUCCCGCCUGCUGACCGUUAUGAAAUCACCAGCGGCAAAAAAGUGACCGUGUGUGUUUCUCUCUAACCUGACUCCCACGGCAGAACUGUCAGCCCAACUCAGCUUCCACAGCACCUGGUGCCGAACACACGACAACUUUCCGCUGCUGGCUUUGCGCAGACACUUGGUGUGACCGCAUUCCUCAUCAAUCAUUCUAUCCUGCCGGCGAAUUGUCGUGUCGAAACCGACCAGAGACACCGUUUUCAACGGCGACGUUGCGUGAUACAAUCUGCGACACUCAGCAGUGUCGACCAACCCGACCUUCCCACUCCCAAAGCUGCUCCGAAGACCCCGCCUUCAAGCCAAACGCGAUCGCCUCUCACUCCCGAAUCGCUGAGAAGAAAUUUGCAGUAUUCGAUCUCAAAUAGCGCGAAACAACAACAGGUCCUCAAUCAUCAGAGCGUCUCUAAUUAUCAGCCCCCGCUACGAUUGACAUCUCCUCACGGCGAACCCAAUACGCUCUUCAAACUGCCGUUCCGGAGCAUGCACCAGCCUCGUCUGCUGUCUACACUAACGACGGAAACCGCGGGAAUCUAGCAUCAGAGGCAGCUUCAGCUUACAGGCAGGGAGAGGACUUUCCUCCUCCAGCCGCCCUUGCGGAGCACAGGCUACAGACCGGGUGUGCACUGGCGAAGCCCUGUUGAAGCUUUGGCCCUCUGCCCUCCCACUGGGCAGAGAGCUUAGCCGGCAAGGCACGUCGAAAACCUGGCGUCGACACGACCACGUACGCGGCAUCCGUCAAGGACCAUGAGGCGGAAUCGCUCCCCAACGUCACCUUCACCCUACCGCGCCCUCGCCCACGCCGGCGCGGGCGCGGGCGGGGUGCCAGAUUCCCUCUCACUCCUCAGGUCCUUCAACGUUGACACGAAUCCUACCCGCCCCAUGCGGCCAUCUCCUCUCACCGCUUCCACCAUCCGCGAUAUGCCGCUCGACUUGGUUGAUCGCAUCAGAUCAUUUCCCCUGUUUGUGUCUGCGCCAGAGGAGUUCUUGGCAGCUAUCGGAAACCAUUUGAGACCACAAGUUCAUGCUGCACAGGACCACAUUCUCACAGAGGGCGAUGACGCCAGAGCAAUGUACUGGCUGGUGCGCGGAGUCGUGGCUGUCACCUCUAGAGACGGUGAAGCCAUUUAUGCAGAGCUCAAGCCCGGUGCCUUUUUCGGAGAAAUCGGUGUGUUGAUGGACGUGCCGCGAACUGCAACCAUUGUGGCUCGGACAAAAUGCCUUCUCGUGGUCCUUAAGAAGGAAGACCUCCAGGCCGAGUUGCCGAAAUUCCCGGAUAUGGAACGGGCUAUUCGUCACGAAGCUCAAGAGCGGUUGAACAUUCUCAAGAAGAAGCGCCAAGAGGGCGGGCAACUCAUCAAGCCUGCCUCAAUGCAGGCCAAUGGAGCAAGAGAACCGGUGCCAGGUGAGGUGUCUACGGGUGAGGUAGGCACCAUUAGAGAGGGCACCGUCGUCAACUCCAAGAAGCGAAAAUCUCCCAGUCCUGGCGCCAUUGAAGACCCUGCAGCAGGCAGUGCCCUCGGAAGUGGUUUCGUCAACGUGCGACGAACAUUAAGAGAACUGCCUUUGUUCUCCACAUUGCCUCCUGACAUCCUCCAUCAGCUGGGACUCAGCGUGCAACCAAAGACAUACCCUCCAUUUACAGACAUUAUCCAACAAGGAUCGGCCGGCAACGAGAUCUUCUUCAUUGUUCGAGGUGAAGCAGAGGUUGUUCAUGAAGCACCAAAUGAACCACCAAAGAAGAUGGCUCGUGCGACCUAUCUCAGGCCAAGAUUAAAAGCAGGUCAAUACUUUGGAGAAGUGGCCAGUCUUGGGUUGUCCGAGGGUCGAACAGCGACAGUGCGGGCAAUUACAACGGUCGAGUGUUUGAUGAUCCCCGGAGACGCAUUAGACACGCUUUGGAGCCGAUGCCCACCCGAUAUCAAGUCGCAGGUUGAGGAGACAGCUCGCAAGAGAUACAAGAAUUCCGACGAAGACGUUGAAAUGUCAGAUGCAGACCCUAUGGAAAGAACCAGCAAAUCAGACCCUCCGACACCGACAACACCCAAAGCUCUACCGCACGUCACGUUUACAACGCCCUCGAAACCGACGUCACCUACGAAGGACGAUAUGGAAACGAUGGAGCCCAAGGACCCUGAUCCUUUCUUGAGCGUGGACAUGGAGAAUAUGCGAAAUAGGCGACGCAAUUCCCUGGCCCCGCCUACCCCGCAAUCCGACAACUCCUCGUCAAUAGUGGCGAACGGCUUCCGAACUCACCAGAUUGAGUCGACACCUCUUCGCUUCUCUUUUCCGCCACAGUCACCACCCGAGCAAGAAGCGCCCGUCAAGCGAGCCCGGACAUUGCCACGUCGUCCACACCCGGCCCAGGUCCCAGCUCUUCCUGAUGAUUUGCUUGUGGAAGCAUUUCGAUACCUCAAUGUUGCGGAGCUGAUGAACGCGCGAAUCAUUUCGUCUUAUUGGCGCAAGCUGUUGACGACGCAUCCGAAGGUCUGCCUGGACUUGGACUUGUCUGAGCACAAUAGGAGAGUCACAGAUCUGGCCAUCCGAACAGUCAUUGGUCCUUUCGUUGGCAACCGCCCGGAGACCAUUGACAUUAGCAACUGCUUCCACAUUACCGACGACGGUUUCCGAAGUCUUUGGGAGAGUUGUGGCCGCAAUGUCAAACGAUGGCGCAUGCGUUCCGUGUGGGAUGUCUCUGCAAAUCAGAUUCUGGAAAUGGCAGAGAACGCAAAGGGCCUGGAGGAAAUCGACUGGAGCAACUGUCGCAAGGUUGGUGACAACUUGCUGGCACGUGUCGUAGGCUGGGUAGUACCUGAGCCGCCACCACCCCAACCUCCCAGCAAGCAGGUGGUGAUAUCCAGUUCUUCGGCCAAGUCAAAGCCUCAAAAGGCUGUUACGCAACAGGCUCAACAGAGAGCUGCUAACAUACCCAAGCCAGGCACCAUCAUUGGCUGCCCCGCUCUCAAGCACCUCAACUUGUCGUAUUGCAAGCACAUCACCGACAGGUCGAUGGCUCAUCUUGCUGCGCAUGCGUCCAAUCGGUUGGAAUCGCUGUCCCUGACACGAUGCACCUCGAUUACAGACGCCGGCUUCCAGUCUUGGGCUCCGUACCGAUUUCUGAACCUGUCUCAUCUGUGCCUCGCGGACUGCACUUACCUCUCUGACAACGCGGUCGUCGCCCUCGUCGGUGCGGCCAAGAACCUGACACACCUGGAUCUGUCCUUUUGCUGCGCUCUUUCUGAUACCGCCACGGAAGUCGUCGCCUUGGGAUUGCCUCAGCUGCGCGAACUUCGCCUCUCGUUCUGCGGCAGUGCCGUCUCGGAUGCCAGCUUGCAGUCGGUUGCACUGCACCUGAACGAGUUGGAGGGCAUCUCGGUCCGCGGCUGCGUUAGAGUUACUGGCGGCGGUGUCGAGAAUCUGCUUGAAGGAUGCAGUCGACUACAAUGGGUGGACGUUAGUCAGUGCCGAAAUUUGGAGAACUGGAUCCGAAGCGGAGGUGUUAUGCGGUGGGGAUUCGAUGAGCGCGGCGGCAAUGGCCUGUCACCGGGACAGAUGCCUUUGCCACUGCCUAGCCCGACACCGACUGCUCCGAACCGCGGUGGACGUGGGGCAAGGCCGCUAAGCUUCCGGAGAAGAGCAAGACACCCCGUCCGAUUCAUUGUUGAAAAGGGAGCAUUCGGGCUUAGAUGAUGAUGCGAGGUGGUUUAAUUGGGGUAUCUUGACGCUGUUAUGAGAGAAGAUGUUUUGUACGAUUGUGGCCCGGCGCGGGAUUGUUUGAAUCAUAGAAUAAGCCUAUUUUAGGGGUGCGCAGCUCGUUAGGAGAAGCAGACAGCAUCACAGGGCAUCAUGUUUGGAUUCUCAGACGACUUUGGGCGGGAU